AUGUCAUAUAAACACAAAGAGCUGGUACAUGGUAUCAUGCAAUCACAAUUCUCAUACGCAGGAGAUAAACAAAUAAUAGACGUCACCUCAGGCUUGCAAGACGUUAACUCAAGGUUGAAGGUAUUGGCUGGAAUCGCUAACAUGCUCGCGAAAGUUGAUUACAAACCGAUCGCAGUCAUGAAAAGCAUUACGGAGUGCACCAUUCACUGUAUGCAAAAUAUUGGUGCGAAACAACUGGUAUCUCCAAACGACGGUAAUAGCAGUGAUGAGGUUCGCUUUCUACCCAAAAAUAUCCCUUGGAUCAUAUAUGGAAGUCGCUCUUUCCAUUCGGCGGAUACGCAAAUGCAGUUUGGAGGCGGAUCGGUUCCAGAGGUAUUGACCGGCAACAUGGUUUUAGAGAUGCUUCCAACUAGUUCUUUAGAUGCAAAAGGACCUGAAGAAGAACCCCAUAAGAAACGCACAGCUCUGCGUAGGCUCCUACGGCGUGCAGAUGAUGCCGACUCUAGUGCAGGCACGUCAACGGCGGACCUCUCGCAGUUGAAAGUAUUACCCAUGUCUGUGGAUGUUGUGCGCCACCAAACCUUGAAGGAGUGUAUGCAUGAAUUCCUUAAUCUGCACUUCGACGGAAGGCAUCCAGCCUCGAGGAGGCUGAAUAUACGCCAGCAGAUGCAAUUACAGUCGGAGCGAUUGAAGCUGAAAAAAUCUUUCAAGAGCAGCAAAGUGUUGGAUACAGUGCGUUUGGAAAAGAGGCGUCCAUCAAAAAUUAAUCUAUCCUUCAGAAAGCUAAAAAAGAAGAUGCGGUACGCAGGCUCCCGUCAUGUGCAGAUGACACAGUAUUUUAUAAACGAGUGCAGGGUACUCAAACGUUGCUUCUUGAGACCUUAUACGACUGCGCUUAAAACUGGGACGCCAGGAACGCACGUUGCAAUCGAUGGUGGAUCGCCUAGCACCCUGGGUAUGAUAAGUGAUGAUCCCAGACCACAUCAAAUUGCCGAUACCUGGAAAAGAUUUAGUCGUUGGUGUGUUGCACAACCUUCAAUUGCUCAACAAUACAAUAAAGACGCCGGAGAUCUGCGAAUCGCCGACGGCUACUUAAGCCGCCGAGCGGAUACGACCGAUGCUACUACAGAACCGGUAACAUACAUGGGUUCCACCUCGGGUGGGGCCGAUUGGCCACCUGUGGUACCCACGAAUCAGUGGAAUGUGGCCAGGCACCUGGAGAGUUUCGUAGAUAGACGGACGCCGAUUUUUGUGGAUGACGCCUUGUUCUUGAAACCAGUGCGAGUGUCGUCACUAUACAGCUGGCGACUCAAAAAUAAGCUGAAGGCAUUGGAAAGGUCCCACACAGAAAACGCCAUGGGGAAUACCAUACGCUAUAUGUUUCAUAAUGGGCUGUGGAAAAAGCCCCAGAAGAUAAUGGAUGUUUCUAUGCCAAUAGAACAGCCCCUCUGGCGGCACCUCUUUGCCAUCGUCUCCUCUCUGCAUAAGCUCAACUUCACCUCUUUCGACCUGAUAAAUGAGCUGACAAAAGUCAUGCAAAUUGCUGCACCCGUUAGCGUCGAGAGCUGCGACAGGCGCAUUCUGGACAACAGGCCUCAGGAACUAUGUGAGGUCCUCGUGGCCACAAUGAGGAGAUUCGGUUACAUGCUCUCAUCAAUAUCAGGUAUAAUAUCUCGAGAUGCCUCGGGAGAACUAGCGUCACGCUUCCUAAAAAUUAUUUGCAACAGCAAUAUCGUAAGCACCGUCGCGGUUCUCUCCGAGCAGCACCAUGCGCAAGUGCAGCUGGCUGAUUUAACGAGAGUAAUGCGCACGUUCAACGCCUUAGUGUUCUUCAAAUACGGCAGGAUUAAAGUUCACAAUCUCAGGACUACUGAAUCUGUGGAUUUAAAUAUAGAAUCUGCCAAUGCCAUAGGCUUCAAACGGCCCAAGCGGGAUGUGAUGGAUACAUAUGAGUCUUUCGCCACGCUUGCCAGGAUCUGCGUGGGCGAACACGACUGUAGGUUGGACUAUGCCGGCAAGACGGUUGACGAACAUGCGAACGCAAUUAUGCGACUUCUAGACGAGAUUACAUACAUCCAGUGGAUGUGUUCCAUGCAUAGUAGCACCGGUUCAGAUGGUGAAACGAUGCGGAAAAUCGCAACGGUUGGGAGCGACCUGGCAGAUGUGUUACUGGAUUGCCUACAAAAGGGCGCAGCACGAGAAAUCGCAUUGCGCGGAGUGUGUACCAUACGCCGUCUCCAACUAACGGCGGACAUACGCGGAGCGGGUGAGACCGCGUGUGGAAAUAUGACUUCGAACGACGGUGGCAGCGAAUCCUCAAGAGAUCGCCUGGCACGACUACAAAAGCUUAUGGUUGAGCACCGACUAACUACUGAGGAAAUAAAUGGUGCAAUUUGCGCUGUUUAUGGCGGCGCCUUCCAACCGCCAUUGAAAGCGAGGCACGACGGCAACCUCCGGAGUGGCAUGGUGGCGAUCCACACAUACGCAAGUUCGACGACCACCGCUGCAGGCAUUUUGCACAACUUCUAUGUCGACCAUUACAAUGCAGUCUAA